AUGUUUCAAGAGUCAGAAAACUCAUCGAAGAAGAGGAAGUGGGAUGAUCCCGAAGAUAAAAUCUCCGAGAAGCCAGAGAAAGUCACAACCGUGAAGUCGCUACUCGAUGCUUACGUACAACGUGAGACGCCAUUGCCUUUAGAGUGGCAACGCUGCCUCGAUAUAAAGUCAGGAGAACUAUAUUUCUACAACACAAGGACUCAAAAGAGGACUUUAAGUGAUCCAAGAACUACACUAAAUCCAGAGCCAGCAAAUCCAUCUCCUAUGAGCUUAGAUCUUGAACUCAAUUUGCCCUGCGGAUCACUGGAAAAGAAAAACAAUAUCCAAGAACAAGACAAUAAUUUUAUGAUAAAGCAGAAUUCAUCAGGUGAUGAUGUCGGGCCCGGGUCGGGCCUUACCCGCUCGCCUUCAUGGUUAACAUGUGAAGGGGAACAACAGGAAAUGGUAACUGCAGUAUGCGAGAAAUGUUACAUGUUGGUGAUGAUGUACAAGUCUUCUCCUGCAUGUCCCAAUUGCAAAUUCAUGCACCCACCAGACACAAGUCCUAAUUUGUUUAAUCCGAGGUUAAGCCUCUUGUGUUAA